AUGGAGGUUGUUAUCCCAGAUCCAUCCAAGGUAUAUUCUGGUUCCGGUAUGGUUGAAUCAAAAUCAAUGGGGACAUUUUCCCCUCUACAAAAGCAAGAUGGUCACAGGGCGCUCUUUGUUGAUAGAGGUGUUGGAUCUCCUAGGCUUGUUAAAUCAUCUAGUUCGAGUGCAUUUUCUUUUGAUCUCAAACUGGACACUGAAACCAAGAAUUCAAUGCCAGCAGCUGCUGGAGCUGUUGCAGCUGCAGCUGUGGCUGAUCAGAUGCUUGGACCAAAGGAAGAUAGACAUUUGGCAAUUGUUCUGGUUGGUUUACCUGCUCGUGGCAAAACUUUUACUGCAGCUAAACUUACAAGAUAUCUUCGUUGGUUGGGUCAUGAAACCAAACACUUCAAUGUUGGAAAGUAUCGGCGCCUUAAGCAUGGAGCUAAUCAGUAUAAUGUGAAGGAGAUUUUAGGAUGGGCUGGAAAAUUCAGUAGUCAUUUGAGAUAUGCAUUUGGAAUAGAGAUUGAUUCAGAAGUGUCUGCUGAUUUUUUCCGAGCCGACAAUCCUGAAGGAAUGGAGGCAAGAAAUGAGGUAGCAGCGCUGGCAAUGGAUGAUAUGAUUGCCUGGAUGAAAGAAGGUGGCCAGGUAGGAAUAUUUGAUGCCACAAACAGUAACAGGAAAAGAAGGAAUAUGCUGAUGAAAAUGGCUGAAGGAAAUUGCAAGAUUAUUUUUCUGGAGACACUAUGCAAUGAUGAACGCAUAAUUGAAAGAAAUAUACGUCUUAAAAUUCAACAAAGCCCUGACUAUGCAGAACAGUAUGGUUACUAUCUGAAAUCACGGGCUUCUUAUCUGAAUGGACAUGGGCCAGAUUUCGAAGCUGGAUUGCAAGACUUCAAAAGUCGGCUAGCCAAUUAUGAAAAGGUUUAUGAGCCAGUAGAAGAAGGAUCUUAUAUCAAAAUGAUUGAUAUGGUCAGUGGACAUGGUGGACAAAUACAAGUGAAUACGCACCUUACUCCACGCCCAAUAUUACUUACAAGGCACGGAGAGAGUCGGGAUAAUGUUAGAGGCAGAAUUGGUGGUGAUACUGUGUUGAGUGAUGCUGGAGAAAUUUAUGCCAAGAAACUUGCUAACUUUGUUGAGAAACGACUGAAAUCUGAAAAGGCAGCAUCCAUUUGGACCAGCACACUUCAAAGAACAAUUAUAACUGCAAGUCCUAUCGUUGGAUUUCCCAAGAUUCAAUGGCGUGCCCUUGAUGAGAUAAAUGCUGGAGUAUGUGAUGGAAUGACAUACGAAGAGAUCAAGAAGAACAUGCCUGAGGAGUAUGAGGCACGCAAGAAGGACAAGCUGAGGUAUCGAUAUCCUCGUGGAGAGUCUUAUCUCGAUGUCAUCCAAAGGCUAGAGCCUGUAAUUAUUGAACUGGAAAGACAACGGGCUCCUGUUGUAGUCAUCUCUCACCAGGCUGUGUUGAGAGCAUUGUAUGCUUAUUUUGCUGAUAGGCCUCUAAAAGAAAUUCCACAUAUCGAGGUAAUUCGUAAUAAUUCUGAACUAGCACUGCUUAGGACGAACAUGGUUAAGACGCAAAGGGACUAA